AUGGGAAAUCAAGCUUCACGUUCUUCCUCUAAUACGAAUCGCACCAGCGCAACUAUCAAAGAUGACCCUUGUUUGGAUAAUAUAAGGCAAUGGCACACAAACAACCCAGAUGAACCAUACAAGCGUCAAUACCCUUUACCGGCUAUAGCAAAUGAUCAUAAUCGCAUCAAACCGAGAAAGCAAUCAUCGCCUGCAGCUGUAAUUUCAAGCAUAAAUGGUGCUCGAAAACCAUUUUCUCGAUUUUUUCCAAGAUCCAAUCAUCGUAAUAACAGUUGUUUUGACAACACAUCAUUGUCAAAAUCGUUGCUCGUCAAUAAACCACUAUUAACAAACAAUACAACGGCAACAACUACUGCCACAACAACAACCACAUCUAAUACCAUUCACUCUAAUAAUAUCACACCUAAUACCACUAUUUCUAAUACCAAUCACUCUUCUUCCUCGGCUUCAGCGGCGACAUCCUUGUGCUCGUUUAAUUCUACACAGCCUCACUAUGUGCAUCCAUUAUCAACACCUUCCAUUUACAAUGAGCCAUGUCAUCAAAUGUUGCCUUUUGAAAACGAAUCAUUUUCAAGACCAAGCAUGGAAUCAUCUAGAAGAUUUAAUACACGAGAUAGUGUGUCUACAAACCAACUAAAAUUACUAUUAUUACAACAGCAACAACAACAGCAGCAAUGUACCUAUCGUUUGUUUGGCAAUCGAAAGUAUCACCAUGUCAACGGAUCAACGUACCUGCUGCCGUGUGACGAUGAAGAAGUGGAUCGAUUGCAUCUUCAGCAUUUCAUGAUUCGAUUUGCGAUUCAAGGAAACUAUCUAGCACCUGUCAGCGAUGUAUUGAGAAAGGGAGGUCGUGUUUUGGAUAUUGGAUGUGGUCCUGGAUCGUGGUCUAUGGAAAUCGCUGGCGAAUACCCCAAAUCAACUGUCAUUGGUGUCGAUAUCACACCCAACUAUCCCAGAGAAAUCAAGCCUGCCAACUGUGCCUUUUACCAAUGCAAUAUUCUCUCCACGUUACCAUUUGAGGAUGGCACAUUUGAUUACAUAUUCAUGAGAUUCAUGGGCCAAGGCGUUGGAUCAGAUGAAUGGUCUACAUUACUGAAAGAAUUGCUGCGUGUAUUGAAGCCAAAUGGUUGGAUUGAAUGGAUUGAGGCUGAUAUCGAAAUACAUCGUCCUGGUCCUGUUACGUCUGAAUUCAAUCAGAAGUUGAUCAAUUUGAUGAUGGAGCAUAAUCAAGAUGCGCGUAUCGGAAGUAAUUUGAAAUCAAGGUUGUUGGAAAUGGAUGAAUUGACAAAUAUUUCCACAACAUUUGUCUCUUGUCCAGGCGGUCAAUGGGCCGGCAAGCUGGGUCAGCUCACAAUGCAAUCGUGGAAGGCAUACUAUCAAGCAUUACGACCGCUCAUGUGCCAAUAUUGGGGGAUUUCUGCAACUGAAUACAAUGAAAGAUUGGAAGCAUGUUGGCGAGAAGCCGAUGAAUACAAAACGUUUGAAAAUGUUCAUUUUUCUUAUGCUCAGAAACAAGCAGCUCCUCCACCUCCGUCCAUUAAAGUUGCCAAUUCUGCUCCUUCGUCUAUCAAGGGUGGAAAACGAAAUUAA